AUGCUUUUCCCCCUCCUCCUCCUUUUAACAAACACCCCCCAAACAACAGCCUACUACACCGUCUUCCUCCGCGAAAUCGGUCCAGAAUGGUUCAUGUCCUUCAACUACUUCCUAACCGGCACAAACCUGCACCCACGCUCCCCCUCCCCAACCUCCUGUCACGAAGUCACAAUCUCUCACCAUCGAGAUCCCAUAACCGCCUUAGGAAUCUACAACCCUCCCGAAGAACUUCCCAUCUCCGCUUUAGCAGUAUUCCCCUACAAAACGCCCCAAUGCGGUAAACUUACCCCCUCAGGUGCAGCUAUAAAUAUUAAAGGACCACCUACUUUUAUAGUAGUAUUAAGUCCCGAGGAGUUAUACGGAUUAUCAGUUAUUGAUGUUGAAAGGCUUGGGAUUGAAUGGUAUAGAGGUGCUAUUCAACCGUUAAAUCUUACGGCUGAGAGGGUCGAUCCUAGGGGUUUACUUUAUGGGUUACCGGAUUAUGGGGGAAGUGGGGUAUAUAUAUGGGAAGGAGGGGGGGAGGAAGGAUCUUAUCAAGUACCGGAAUGGAGGACUUGGGUUCCGGGAGUUGUUGAGAAAAUUGUUGAGCCGAGGAGGUUUUUGGAGGAUGUGGAUGUUAGACAUGAUAGGAUGGGGUAUAUUUAUAUUAGAGAUUUGAUGGAGAGGUAUUUGAGGCCGGAUAUGAGGGAGUUGAAGGAUAAUAUUACGCCGUGGAUUCAGGGGUCUGUUGAUAAGAAGAUGAAGAAGAAGAAGAAGAAAGAAGAGGAUGGGGGGAGUGGUGGUGAUGAAGAUGGUGGUGAUGAUGAAAAUGAUGGUAACGGGGAGAAGACAGAUGUGAGGAUUAAAGGAAAAGGAAAAGGAUAUCCAUCCCUACGUGGUCCGUUAUACGGAGAAAAAGAUAAGACGAGUUGGUUAAUUAAAGGGAAUUGGUAUACAAAGGAGGAUAAUACUCCGCUUAGAAGAUCGAAUGAAGAGGCUAGAAGGCAAGGGAGGAAGAAAGCUAGACAACCCGAGACGGAGGAGAAGAAGAGAGGGUGGACAUUGGCUUAUAAAGGUCCUAAACCGGGGUCGAUUCCUGGGAUGGAAUAUUAUGAUUUGCAGGAGCCUAUACGACUUGAUGUGGAUUCUUCGUUGGAGGAUAUUAAUAUUAUUGAAGAGGAGGAAGGGGGAUUGGGAGAUGGAACGGUGGUAGAUGGGGAUGAUGAUAGGUAUCAGACGAUACUUAGUUCGGCGGAUUUACCUCAACCACGACAUCGGAUGGAAGGUUUUCAGGACGGAUCACAAAUUGAGAUAGAACUUGAGGAGGGUGGGGGAGAUUGGGAUGAAGAGGUCGACGAUUAUAACGCAAAUAAUGAAUGGGAAGAAGGAUAUUCGAAUUCACAAGAACUACAGUCAGGAUCCAUCUUAGAACCCGUUCCAAAGAAUUACAGUCCAAAUGAACAACAGCAAGACCUCAGAAACCUACUCCAAGAAAGCGACAUACGACAGGCCGCCACAGAAGAAUUAAAACAAGAGGAAGCAGCAGAAGAAGAAGCCGUGGCCGAAGAACUAGACACUUCCUCAAAUCUCGUCAACAUCCUCAAUAAUAAUAACAACAAUAUUAAUAAUAAUAACGUUAACGUCGCCGCCAACGUAAUAAACGAGCAACUCCAAGCCCUCACCCGUCUUCAAAACCCAAACAUCAACGACCCAGAAGUCGCAUUAAGAGCCCAAGAGCUACAGAUGUUAAGUCAGAGUGAAAUGCUCGGUAACAUCAAUCCCUUUUGGUAUUCUUCAACCCUUCGAGAUCGGGAUAGAAAUAAUAUUAAUAUCAAUAGAAUGCCGGGUAUUAAUAUUGAAGAUCGUAUGGAGGGUCGUGCUAGUACUACAUCCAACCGGUGGAGAAAUCCUGCAGAUCGAGAUAUCUCUCAGACGGGGGGGCAGAGGUUGCAAUUGAGCCGUUCGCUUGAGGAUUACCAGGACUAUGAGGAUUACGAGGAACCGCAGGGAAGAAAUACCCGGCCUCGGGGUAGGAAUACCCCAUAG